AUGGCACCCCCCAGAGCCAAGGCUCGCAAGUGGUACAACAUACACGAAGAACCGCAGGCGGGCAUCGGAAUUUCGCUCACACCGUUCAGCCCCGACGACAGCAUCCAAGUGGCACCGUGUCGCUACAUUCGCAGCUCGAGCCAGCCUCUUGCUGUCGGUGCUUCGGCGCACGGCACGUCCUGGGUGAAAACAGGCUUCAUUUGGCUCUUCACCAUUUUCUUCACUGCUUUUCAAACUUGGUGCUGUACGUUUGCAGUUUCCACCGUGCUAUACAAGUUUGGAUGCACGCCUGAAGGUUCGACCACCGUAUGCAUCCCUCUUGAAAUAUUGCCGGGUUUCGGUCCCUUUUUCCGCCUCCAACAUCGCCUUGCACAAAUGUCGGGCAAGAUCGACGAUAUGCAGUAUAAGCUUUCCCGACUAGAGGAUCAACUACCGCUGGACUUUCACAAUCGUGAUUUCGCACUUUGGGGGCUUGGAGCACAGGUUAUUCCGGAACUAACAUCAAGAGACGAGGGGGACGCAAAUGCGGUUUUACCCUCAGCUGUCCUAGAUGAUCCUCCAUUACUUGGAGAAUGCUGGGAGUUUAUGGGUCGACGCGGGCAGAUUGGAAUUCAACUUUCCGAUGCUGCAAACAUUACCGCGAUGUCGCUCAGCCAGCCCUUCGACGAAUCUGUCCUUGUCCCACUUGUUCACGCCCAUUACAACGCCACUUCUCCCCAAUCCCGUCAGAUCUUUGCAGUGACAUCCCCAGUUGCGAAAGUAGUCCGUUUUGACAUCGUUGUCGUCGAAGUCUUAGACAACUGGGGAGGCGAGUCUACCUGUUUGUACCACAUUGGUGUUCAUGGGCUUGAGGAUUAG